UGUGUAAAAUUAAUUAUUUUUUAAUAUAAAUUGUGUUUAUUUAUGAAAAUUUUAUUUUAAAAUUGCAAAAAUAUUAAAUAUGAGUAAAAGAGUGCUGGGCCAAAUGUAAGGGCCGGUGUAUAGAAUCCAUAUCAUUUACCUUUUAUGUACCACGUACGAGAAGGCCACUACUAGCAAACUGGAAAAUUCCUGCCCAGCUAACAGCAAAUUGGCUAAUACAGCAGCAACAACAACACCUACACAAUCGACACAAUAUGCCUCAUAAUAAUCAUAAUGAUGAUGAGAUUUUAAUUACUCAUCCUUGCUAUCGUGCCAAUGGUUACUCCCGCUUAUCUUCCACCUGUCCUGCCUAUUGUGAUUGUGAAUUUCCCAAGACAACGGCAGUGGCCUGUUAUAAAGGUCAUAUACCUGAUAUGAUUAAAUGUCGUUGUGGUGAAGAUGAUCCUGCCACUCAUACGGUACACUGGAAUUGGUAUGAGUGUCCGGAAUCGGAUACAGUGAUUAAAGGACAAGAUGUUACAUUCCAUCCCACCUAUUCACAGGGCACGGCAGUUGUGAGAGGAGAACAACCGCUAGCAGCUGGUAUGUUGCAUUUUUGGGAAAUGCGUAUACUGACAGCACUGUCGGGUACAGAUGUGGUAAGUAAAAUGGAAUUUGUUUUUCAUAAAAAGUUUAUAAUUUUUGAGGUUUCUGUUUGACAAAUAUUUUUUGUA